CGCCGUCGUUUCUGGACCGCCGCCUCCGACGCAGCUUGAUGACGUAGCGCCCUGACUUUCCACGUCCAAGAUGGCGGUGGUCGGACCGAAGCGCCGUCGUUGAAGGAGCUUACCUGAGGCGAACGGAGUCCCAAGAGUUUUCAAGAGUCAUUGGGGAAGCACAAAUCUGCCUCAAUAAAUGAAGGAGAACAAGGAAAACUCCAGCCCUUCGGUAGCCUCAGCCAACCUGGACCACACCAAGCCAUGCUGGUACUGGGAUAAGAAGGACUUGGCCCACACGCCCUCACAGCUGGAAGGACUUGACCCCGCCACUGAGGCCCGCUACCGCCGAGAGGGAGCCCGCUUCAUCUUCGAUGUGGGCACGCGCCUAGGACUACACUAUGACACUCUGGCCACUGGAAUAAUUUAUUUCCACCGCUUCUAUAUGUUCCAUUCCUUCAAGCAGUUCCCACGAUAUGUGACAGGAGCUUGUUGUCUCUUCCUUGCUGGCAAAGUAGAAGAAACGCCCAAAAAAUGUAAAGACAUUAUUAAAACAGCUCGUAGUCUGUUAAAUGAUGUGCAGUUCGGCCAGUUUGGAGAUGACCCAAAGGAGGAGGUGAUGGUUCUGGAGAGAAUAUUGCUGCAGACCAUCAAGUUUGACCUGCAGGUGGAGCACCCAUACCAGUUCCUGCUCAAGUACGCCAAACAGCUCAAAGGCGAUAAGAACAAGAUUCAGAAGUUGGUUCAAAUGGCCUGGACUUUCGUGAAUGACAGUCUCUGCACAACACUGUCACUGCAGUGGGAGCCUGAGAUCAUUGCCGUGGCUGUCAUGUACCUUGCGGGGCGCCUGUGCAAGUUCGAGAUCCAAGAGUGGACCGCCAAGCCCAUGUACCGCCGCUGGUGGGAACAGUUCGUGCAGGAUGUGCCAGUGGAUGUGCUAGAAGACAUCUGCCACCAGAUCCUGGACCUGUACUCGCAGGGGAAGCAGCAGAUGCCCCACCACACCCCCCAUCAAUUGCAGCAGCCCCCCUCCCUCCAGUCUACACCGCAAGUGCCACCAGUGCCCCAGCCGCCGCCGCCCGCACAGGGUCCCGAGCCACCCCAGCCCCCACCCAAGGACCCGCAGCCUGUGGCCCCACCGCAGCCACCCCCGCCCCCACCGCCGGCCCAGCCGCCCAAGAAGCCAUCCCCACAGCCGAGCCCCCCGCGGCAGGCCAAGCGAGCCGUGGUGGUCUCUCCCAAAGAAGAGAACAAAGCCGCAGAACCACCACCACCGAAAAUCCCCAAACUGGAGCCGGCUCACCCACCCCUGCCACCAGCCCACCCGCCUCCAGACCGGAAGCCCCCACUGGCUGUUGCCUUGGGUGAGGCUGAGCUGCCAGGCCCUGUGGACACCAGUGACCUUCCCAAGGUGCCUAUCCCUCCUCCAGCCCACCCGGCUCCAGUGCACCAGCCCCCGCCGCUACCGCACCGACCACCACCACCGCCACCGUCCAGCUACAUUACGGGCAUGUCCACCACCAGUUCAUACAUGUCCGGCGAGGGCUACCAGAGCUUGCAGUCCAUGAUGAAGACCGAGGGCCCUUCCUACGGGGCGCUACCCCCCGCCUAUGGCCCGCCUGCCCACCUCCCCUACCACCCACAUGUGUAUCCCCCUAACCCACCGCCACCCCCCGUACCCCCACCCCCCACCUCCUUCCCACCACCUGCCAUCCCCCCUCCUACCCCAGGCUACCCACCGCCGCCUGCUUACAACCCCAACUUCCCGCCCCCACCCCCACGCCUGCCCCCCACGCACACUGUCCCCCCACACCCACCUCCAGGCCUGGGGCUGCCACCUGCUAGCUACCCACCCCCAGCUGUGCCCCCAGGGGGACAGCCUCCCGUGCCACCCCCCAUUCCUCCCCCAGGCAUGCCACCUGUUGGGGGCCUGGGCCGGGCAGCGUGGAUGAGAUAACGGGCCUUCUCUGUUCCCCAGUGUGUUUUCAUAACAACUUGAAGGGUGUUUAGCGGUGGGCAGCAGGUACCUUGUAUGGCAUCAGACCCUGGUACUGUCUCUGCUGGGAAUAUGGGGGCACAUUUGACUAGCCCCACACUGGGUCAGUUCCCGGAGACAAGACACGACUGGCCACAUUGGCUCAACAGCUUCUGGCCUGGCGUUCCUUGCUGUCAGGGCAUCUGUCCUGGGCACUUUCAGAAUGCUCUGGUUCCUCCCACAUCUGCUCCCCUGCACCCAUGGAUCAGGGGUUCCCUUUCCCUGGAGAUCUUUGUUUCCUGUCUCGAAGCUCUUGGCAAGGGCUGCCAGGAGAAGGGAAGAGUCGAACUUGGAAAGUCAAGUCUGUUUACAUGGGCUGUGAGACCCUGUUCGUAGAGAUCUAUUUUUUAAGUGAAUGUAACAACAUACUGUGAAUUCCAUCUUGUUACAGACGAGACUCCUUCAAUUUAGCCAAUAAAAUCUGUUCGGAAAGUC